UUUCCGCUCGCUCAAUUGCUUCAAAGGCGGCCCCAGCGCUGGACAGAGCGACUACUUUGGCUCGUCCUCCCUCACUCCCGAGCCCGACUGCUGAUUGGCUACUAUCGCCCAACUAGCGGUCCUCUCGUUGGGCGCCUGCUCUCCUCGCGCCGUUUGCUGCCUGCCCUCCAAGAGCGUGCGGCGCGAGGCACCGAACGCUCCGCUUCAAAACUGCUGUCGACCUGACCGAAGCGCGAUUCCUCCACAAGCUGGACAACGGAGCAGAAGAGCACCGAUCCCGUCGGAGACAAGCCCAAAGAAAAUCUGCGAAAGGCAAUGGGACACAAUAAUAUGUUGACCAUGACGAGAAAUAGCUGCAGAUGUGCUUUUCAAUCACACUAGAUCGUAAAGAAGCCUGUUAUUGAGGACUGAUGUCCCAUGCGGUGGAGGCGGCCUCAAGCUGUACCGCCCAAUCUAAGAGUCCCCAUGUAAGCCUGGUCUUGGAGUUUCCAAUGCUGCCAACAAAGUAAACAGCGAUGCCUUCAAAGGUCUCCUGUUUGUACUUGCUGACAGUGGUUUGCUGGGCCAGUGCUCUAUGGUAUCUGAGCGUGUCCCGCCCAUCCACUUCCUAUGUGGGCCAGCUGAAUAUCCCGAUUCGCAAGUCGUCCAAGCUGAACAAGAACGCCACUUUCGGUAACUACCGCACCCGAUCUCUGAAUCCGCACGACUUCGGCUACCUCAUCAACGACGCCAAGAAGUGUGAGGCGGAGACCCCUUUUCUUGUCAUCCUGAUAAGCACCACUCACAAGGAAUUUGAUGCACGGCAGGCCAUAAGAGAGACGUGGGGCGAUGAAAGCACAUUUCCUGACGUGCGCGUGAUCACGCUCUUCUUGUUAGGUCGCAGCACGGACGCCGUUCUUAACCACAUGGUGGAGCAGGAGAGCCAGAUCUUUCACGACAUUGUCGUCGAAGACUUUAUUGAUUCUUACCACAACCUGACGCUCAAGACGCUGAUGGGCAUGCGCUGGGUGGCCACCUAUUGCUCCAAAGCCCAAUAUGUUCUCAAAACAGACAGUGACAUCUUUGUCAAUAUGGAGAACCUCAUCUACAACCUCCUGAAGCCCACCACCAAGCCCAGGAGGAGAUAUUUCACCGGUUAUGUCAUCAACGGCGGGCCAAUCAGAGACAUGCGCAGCAAGUGGUACAUGCCGAGAGACUUGUACCCAGAUAGCAAGUACCCACCGUUCUGCUCCGGCACUGGCUACGUGUUCUCGGCAGAUGUAGCAGAGCUCAUCUACCAAACCUCACUGCACACCAGGCUUCUACAUCUGGAGGACGUUUAUGUGGGGGUGUGUCUGCGCAAAUUGGGCAUCCACCCCUUUCAAAACAGCGGUUUCAAUCACUGGAAAAUGGCUUACAGCCUCUGCCGCUACCGCAGAGUGGUGACCGUCCACCAGAUCUCCCCCGAGGAGAUGCACCGGAUCUGGAACGACAUGACCAGCAAGAAACACCUGAAAUGUUAGCAGGACUCCUCCGGCCUCACUCUGUGAGUAAAGGAGCUAUUGAUUGACUUUCUAUCAACUGCUUUUCCAACAUCGGCAAACACUGUACAGCACAAAGCAUUGCGCUGAAAGGAGAGUAUUGACCAACCAUUCGGGGCUUUGUCCAAAUGCUGAUUGCUUGGCCAGGAGGUUUUUUUUUAUUUUUUUUUUCUCCUAGCACAAGGCCAAACAUGCCUCUCUUUAUCCUCCAUCAUUUCAAGUGUUGUCAAGUGCAACCAACCUUGCACACUGGCUUGUACGUCAGAAGGUAGUGGGCACACAGCCUUCUUUUUAAUCACCAAAAGUAUUAUCUGUUAUCAGUGACCAGUGAUUAGAUUAAUACCAACACAUUUGGGUUAUCUCAAGUUGUACUGGUUGUAUCUUCUGCUGUACAAAAGCCAAGUUUCCACCAGGUUCCAUCAGUUCACGGCAGGCUAUGUUUAUCUGUCAACCAGUUCACAGAUGGCAGCACAACCUCUUGGAAGCAUAUCGGUGAAGUUGGUAACCUUACAAAAAGCUGCCAAUAAGUACAACUAUAGUGAUUAUUUCUUUUUAUAUGUAUCGCAACUUUUGUGACGUUGACCUAAACCAAAAAAAAAAAAAAAAAAC